UAAUUUUUAUCUCAGCUCAUACUCAACCAAAAAAGAGGUACUUAAUUCCAUACGAUCUAUGAGGCACAAAAGUGGAAGGCCACUGAAUACUGGAGCUGCUCUACUGUUUAUUAAAGAAAAUAUUUUUACACAAUCUUCUGGGAGCAGACGUCACGAGGGUGUACCUCAGUUUCUGUACUUAUUUAGUGGUGGUAGAUCUGGUGAUGAUGUCAGAACCAUUUCACAAGGUUUAAGAGAAAACAACAUAAAAGUCAUUACAAUUGGCACAAGUAAUUCUGAUACACUUGAGUUACAGACAAUGUCUACAACACCAGCAUAUUCUUUCUCUGUCCCUGACUUCACCUCCAUCAACAGCAUUGUCCAAAGAGUUGCCUCUGUUUUGGCAAGUGGUGAUGAAAUUCCUGAGCAGUUUCCAACUCCUGGGGGCCAGGCUCUGGAUGCAGGAAGAAAUAUUGUGUUUCUUAUUGAUGGAUCAGAUGAUGCUAGUGAUAGAUUCACAGCUAUACGAGAUUUUGUGGCCAGUUUGGCAGAGAAAUUUGAUGUUGGUAAAGAAAAAGAUCAAAUUGCUGUUGUGCAGUUCAGUAAUACUGCAGCAAUAAGCUUUAAUCUCAGUAGAUACACAUCCACUUCUGAGGUGGCAGAUGCUGUGCGCAACCUCAAACCAAAAGGGGGAAGGCCACAAUAUAUUGGCCAGGCUUUGCAGUUUGUUAGAGACAGUAUUUUUACCCCUAGUGUUCGAAGUCAGCAAAAAGGCAGUGUUAGCCAAAAUCUUGUGCUUGUGACUGGUGGCAGAUCAAGAGAUUCUCCUCGUGGACCAGCUAAUGCACUAAAGAAUAUGGGAGUAGCCAUUUUUGCCAUUGGGUCAAGGCUGACUGAUCCUAUUGAAAUGGAAGCCAUUUCUUCGAAGAAAGAUUAUGCCUUUGCUGUUUCUGAUUUUCAUGAUUUAAAAAAUGUACACCAAAUCCUCAUAACAAAACUUAUGGGUGGAAGACAAAAAGGAGACAGAGAAGUUGAUGGUAAGAAUAAAAAAAAUAAUAUUUGUAAAGCUUUAGAAACAUUUAUAGAUGUUCGAUGAAGUUACAUGUUGAGACUUUCAGUAUAUGCUGAUCAUUUCA